AUGAAGGACCGAUUGGAACAGUUGAAGGCGAAAAGUGAUGUGGCUGGGGACGAUGUGGAGAUUCCAGUGGAGAACCAAGCCUUUAUGGAUGACUUCUUCGCCCAGAUUGAGGAGAUUCGCAGCAGCAUCGAUAAGAUAGAUGAGAGUGUGGCGCAAGCAAAGAAGCUGUACUCUACCAUCCUCUCCGCCCCUACAUCAGAGCAGAAGACGCAAGAUGAUUUGGAGGCAGUCACCAACGACAUCAAGAAAGCAGCCGGCACUGCUCGCAACAAACUAAAGAGUAUCGAGAAGCAACUUGAGACAAACACAGAGGAACGGUCGUCAGCAGACACGAGGAUUCGGAAGUCCCAGCAUGCCAUCCUGGCCAAGAAGUUUGUGGAGGUGAUGACCAAGUACAACGAGGCUCAGACGGAUUUUAGAGACAAGAGCAAAGGCCGCAUCGCCCGGCAGCUGGAGAUCACGGGAAAAACAACGACCGAUGAGGAGCUGGAGGAGAUGUUGGAAGGAGGGAACGCAGCCGUCUUCACCGCAGGGAUCAUGGAGUCGGGUAUAUCGAAGCAGGCGUUGAAUGAGAUCGAGGCGCGGCAUAAAGAUAUUGUGAGGCUGGAGAGCAGCAUCAAAGAGCUUCAUGACAUGUUCGUGGACAUUGCUAUGCUGGUGGAGAACCAGGGCGGUAUGAUUGACAAGAUUGAGAGCAACAUGGACCAAUCGGUGGGCUUCGUAGAGCGGGCUGUUGCCGACACCAAGAAAGCAGCCAAAUUUCAGCAGGAGGCCCGUAGGAAGCAGAUGAUGAUCAUGUGCUGCUGUGUCAUUCUCUGUGUCAUCGGAGGGUCCUUCCUCUACAGCUUUAUCAAAUAG